AAAACUGGUUCACUUGUUUACAAUCAAGAUGGCUGCGCCGUGCGUAGAACAACCGAAAGGAGGCUUUUCAUUUGAAAACUGUGCAAGGUUUUUACAUCUAAGAGUUAACAUUAAAAUGAUAUUAGUCAUUAAAUAUCCACAAUAAACUCACACACAUAUUUUAAAUUUCAAUAAUGAGAUUUGUCAUAAUUGCAAGUCACCAUUGUUUUUAUGCCAUUCAUUGCUCAGCACAUUUGAUUGAAAAUUCUGAAAUGAUAAAAUGAUGAAAAUCAAAUUUAGGCCUAACUAAAUAAUGAUGGCUAUUAUUACUUAAUUAUUUUCAUUAUGUCUUAGUUUUAGUUAUUUAGUACAUCAGACUUAUUACUUAACUAUGCACUCUAAAUUUGGGAUAGGUAUAUAAAAUAUAUAUUGAUGCUCCCUACAGUGUUCAGAACAGUAGUGGGCUAAUGUUGAGAGAUCACCCCAUGAAGUCAUUUGCGUGUUUAUUAUAGUUGCAGUGAAUUAGGGUUUAGAUUAGGUUAAGGGAUCGAAUUAGGGUUCAGGUUAGGCAUAGGGAUCGAUUUAGGGUUCAGGUUAAGUAUAGUAGAUACUUUGGUCAAAAAUUUAAACAUUUUGUAAAAAUAAACCAAUGGCAUAGUUCAAUAGAGCUAAAUUUUUACAGCAUUAUGACACCAAAGUUAUAUUUUUAGCUGUUGUAGUUUUAAAGUUAUGAAUUUUUAAAGUACGACUUGGUUUGUCCUUUUUUAACAUGGACUGCAUCUCCACAUUCUGUGACCUCAUUCCGCCGAUCGCGUCAUGCGCAAUGACUAUAUAGUUUAUAUAAGGCUAAGGCAUUCCCUUAUCACUAAAAUACUGUUUAGGGUCGAUUUAUUUUAAACUUUCAACUUUGGCACAUGAAUAAUUAAUUAAAGCUUUCCCUGACCAAUGGUUUAAUAGUUUUUGCACACGGCAAACACUUAUGAAUGAAACUCUGAGAUAGUACUACGAUAUAGCCAUUAUGCAAGUGGCUGUGAAUGGUUGCCAAUGACAACGUGUUGCACACGGAAAUUUCUGAUCAUUUAUAAUAUGGACUCUACAUGGUUUUUAAAGCUCAAAUUAAAACAUUCCAGUUUAAAUGUCUUCAAAAUGCAUUCUGAAACACAAGUUAUCAAAUAUUUCGAUGUAUAUAGUGGUAAUAAUUAAAUAUUUCUUAAGUAUCGGCAACUUCCGCCAUUAAAAAGGGGGCGUGGCCCACGCCAUGUCAAAAUAAGGCUGAGCCCCCUUACGGUGAUAUGGGUCAUUGGGAGAAGCGUAGCGAACGUGGGACACGACCUACAUCAAUGAGAAUUGGCACAGAUAUAUAUCAAUAUCUGAUGCCUUACACGAUUUAAUAUGAAAGACAUGUUCCUUUUAUUUCACAAAAAAUUUUGUAUUCGAAGAUGCCUUAUAUAUACCAAAGAUUUUCAAAAUGAAGUUCGAUUGAAAAAAGCAAAAUAGUUGGAUGGAAAUGUAGGCCAAGAUGUCUUCCAAAUUAUAAGGCCGGAAACGGAACUCAAAUAUAUGUCCAAAGAACUAAUUUAAUAAUAAAUAGACACACACAUCGGAAAAUUAAAAACUCUGAUUUUUCGGCGCCGACGCCCAUUUCCGAUACAAAAAAAGUAGUAGUCUCCCUUGUUUUAUCGAAGUAUCUAAGUAUAGGGAUCGAUUUAGGGAUACAUUAGUGACAGAAUUAUCUGGUUGUUAAGAUGGCAGCCAUCGUGGGACAAUCUCUCAACUUUUACCGUUAUUUAGAGCAAAUCUCAAAUAACAAAAUGAAACCAGAAUCAACUUUCUAGCUUUAGUACUUUUUGAGCUAUGAAAAUAUUAAAGUGAGUUCUUCGUUUGGUAUUUUUUUGACCCCAUCCUGCUAAUCGCGUCACAUGCAACAACUCUUAUUUAAAUGAUAAUUUUAUUCAACUUUUAUUUUCAGGAUUAAUCAUAAAUGCUAAGCAUUAAAAGUUCUCAUUAUUAAAAUAAUUUUAACAAUGUUAUGCAAUUAUAAAUAAAUUAUAACAUAACCUAUCUACAGCUAUGGGCUAUGUCAUAUGCAUUAUUACAUUAAAUACGAUAUGGAUGUUCUUUUUACCAAGUCUAGCUUCCAUUUUAUUUAUAUUCUAUGGAAGGCAUUGUAAGGCAAGGUGUCCCUUAAAAAUAAUACUGGUUUUGGACUACUUACUACUUAUUUUGAACUUUCAACUUUUGCACGACUAAUUAAUUAAAUCUUUCUAUGACCAAUGAUAUAAUAAUAUAAUAGUGUUUUCAUAUGACACAUUCAUUCUCAUAUGAAUGAAACUAUGAGAAUAAUAUGGUAGUAGAGCACAUGCCAACGACUGAAUGUUUUCCCAUGACGUUUUGCACACUGUAAGUUAUGAUCAUUUAUAAGAUAGACUCUGUCAGGUUUUUAAAGCUCAAAUUAAAAUAUUCUUGUUUAAAUUACUUCCAAGUUCACUCUAAAACACAAAAUAUCAAAUAUUUUGAUGUAAAUAGUGGUAAUAAUUGAAUAUUUCCUAAGUAUCAGCAUCUUCUGCCAUUAAAAAUUGGGCAUGGUCACAUCCAAGUGAAGUUUGGCAGAGCAACCUACAUAAUAUGCUGCUCAAAUGUAAAACCAUGGCGUCUCUCAUUAAAAACAUAGCGCUUUUAAAAUUGGCACACAUGUAGAUCAAUAUAAACCUGAGGGUUAUAAUAAAAAUGAAGAGAGUAAACAUUUAACUUUAACUUAAUCUUAAUGAUGAAAGAUGCCUUGUAUUAGUCAAGGGUUUUCGCAAAGUUGACUCUUUGUAAAUGAAAAAGAAAUUGAUCAAAAUGUAGUCCAAGAUGUCCUCCAAGCCAAGGACAGUAACAGAGCAGAAUGGUGGGAAGAUGUAAUUAUUUUAUUAAAUAAAUAGCUCCAUCAUCUAAAAAUUUAAAACAUGAAUAUUGCUGCUCUUACGCCCAUUUCCCAUUAAAAAUUCUUUACUAGUCUCCCUUGCUUUACUAAAGUGUCUAAGGAAAGAUAAUAUUUUCACUCAAGUCACUGUUUGCUUUAUUAAUUUAACAUUAACUCAAAUUGUGUAGACACAGAUUAUCUAUUUGAAGUAAAUGUAGGAAAAUAAUCUUGCAUAGUAAUGAAACAAACAAUAAAACUAUGACGAGACCUGUAAAAGAUCUUUGUCUGCAUUUGACCCAUUUCCUCACAUUAUCUAGCUACUUUGGUAAAUUUGGUUGAAAAAAAAGGUUAAUUUAAAAAAAAAAAAAGUUCAGAUGUAUAGAGCAAAGAUCACUGUAAACAAUGAAUCCAGAAUCCACUUUCUAGCUGUAACUUAAGAGUUAGUUGUUUUUGAAAUGGACCUGGGAAUUCUAUAGUGCAGGUUUAUUUGUCCUUUUCUUAGGAUGGACUGCACCUCCACAUUUUGUUUGCAGUUCUCACCAUGUGCUAUAACAACUAGGGGUUUCAUGAGAAUUUUUAACAACUUUAAUUUUUAGGAUUAGUUCUAAAGCCUACUCUAACAUUCAUUUUAAAAGUAUUUUAUCAUUAACUUAUAGGGUGUACUCAGAUAAAAUUAUAAUGUGUACCCUUUCGGGCUAUGCAUUAUUGUGGGGCAUUGUUAUGCUAUUCUGUAAGGCUACCCUAAUUAUAGACAUUAUCAGCAAAGCAUCCAGUAAAAAAAAUACUGAGUAAGGACUUCUUCAAGUGCACUUUCAACUUUUGCCAUGACUUAUUACUUAACUAUUGUUGGCACUUCACAUGUUCUUUGAAUUUAUGAAUGAAGCUCUGAGAAAGAACCAACAUGUGGUGUACAGUAGAGUUUACAGCUAUAUUUAUAAUUAACUUUGAUUUUUUGUUGGAUAAUAUAGAAUUGUUAAAGUUACAUCUUGAAAACAAAUUUUUGUCUUGUAACUUCCCCAUCUUUGUAAGUUUUAUUUAGAACCUUGCUUGUAUCAUCACCUUUUUAUUUUGAAUUUAAUACAAUAUUUAUUUUGAAUAACUUUCAUUGUCAAGGAUUAUAAACAAAUUUUUAAUUUUUUAAAAGAAACUCAAGACUUGAGCAGCUGGGUCUGAAGAAACCAACAGCCUACAAGACUGGUACAACUAUCGCUGGCAUAGUCUUUAAGGUACUAUUAAAUAAGCAAAUUCGUACGGUCUUGUUUUUAAUUUCAAAAGUGUUCACCCAUUGGCCAACAUCAAAUGUUUCUGUGAAUGAUGAUUUUUUUUGGCCUGCAUGUCACCUAUUUUAUACAGGGCUUUAAAAUAAGGAACCUCUUAAACAUUGGCUUUGGGAAUAAGGUCCUCGAUAAUGUUAUCACUUUAGAUUUUUUUUACAUUGUUAAAGUGGCGUGGUAAGCCUAACAAUUUUGAUACAUGUCAAAUGAAGAAGAAUAUAAAAUGAAGUUAAAAGUUGCAUAUUUAACUCACUUGGGUCAAUGAACUGAUUGGUUUUUUUAAAUCCCGGUUGUACAUUUUAAUUAAAGCUUUCUAUGACCAAUUUAAUAGUGUUUUAAGGGGGGGGGGGAAUGUAUUCAGUGUAUAUAAUGUAUAUGUUACAAAAUUUCUUGUUACCAUUUUUCUGCUACCUGCUGAUGAUAAUAUUUAUAAUAUGUCCAAUAUUUAUAAUAUCAUAAUAUUUAAUUUAAAUCUAAAUAAAACUUUUAGUUAAUUUGUGGUUUGUUUUCAUAAGGAUGGAGUUGUUCUUGGAGCUGACACACGUGCAACAGAGGACACUGUGGUUGCUGAUAAGAACUGUGCCAAGAUUCACUACCUGUCAGAUAAUAUUUAGUAAGUUAUAUUUUUUGUUCAGAUUUUGCAGAACAAGCAGUAGUUUGCUCAAAGGAACUAAGUUAAUCUUUUGGUUUAUCAAUAGUUAAAAUUAUUGUUUUUCCAAGCAAUCGAGCCAAGGGGCUCAACUUCUUGAUCCUUAAAGGAUCCUCAACUUGCACUAUGCCUUUAGAAUUUUGUCAAUAGGUGCUUUAAAUGGUGCACGAGGCACAUGAAACCUCUUUAUUAAGGAGAGGCAGAGAUCUUGGCUAAAUUUAAAUGAGGGCUUUUUAUUGAUAUUACCGACUGAGAGAGAAUAACCUCACAUAAUCCCCUAGUUGAAAAGUUCUCUUAGUACUGUACACAAAGACAUGUUUGAAGUAACUGAUUUGGAAAUAUAAUUAGAAUGAUGCAACAAAAUAUUUUUUUCAGAAUGAAAGGUUAAAACCAUUUUCAAAGAAGUAAUUUAAUAUUGUAGCUUAUAAAAAAUAUUGUUUAGAAGAUAAUCAAUUUUUAAAACCUGAAUGAUUGCAAUUCAUUGCUACCAGUAAAUAAACUGGCCAGGUAACAAUGAAAAUACCUUGCACAAAUGCACCCAAGUUGAGUUACCAUUACAACUAUGUUUUCUGUGUUACAGUUGCUGUGGUGCUGGCACAGCUGCAGAUACAGAGAUGACAACACAGAUGAUCUCAGCAGAACUGGAACUUCACAGACUGAACACUGGUCGGAAACCCAGAGUGGCAACAGCCAAUCGACUCCUAAAACAGAUGCUUUUUAGGUAAGUAGUACAAAACAUGGACUAUCACUUUGAGUCUUAUUUUGUUGUAAUAUUUAAUUAAUGAGUAAUCGCAGUUAAACAAAUCUAAAUACAAGUAUUAAUUCAUUCUAUUUCUUAAAUUGGGUUUAAAAAAGAAAAUUAGUUGGGACUGUGUUUAAAGUAGUUUUAAGGGAUGGAAUAAAAAUUAGUUGUAAAUAAUAAUGAAAAAUUGUUUUUUUAAAUGGACUAGGUACCAAGGAUAUAUUGGAGCUGCAUUAGUACUUGGUGGUGUCGAUGUAACAGGCCCAAACCUCUACAGCAUAUGGCCUCAUGGUUCAACAGACAAGCUUCCCUAUGUCACUAUGGGUAGGAAAUACUAUUUAAACUUUGUGGUUUAAAAAACUGUCUGUCUGAUGCUGUUAAUUAAGUUAUAAAAAAAAUUAAUUAUUUCGAGUCAAGGCAAACACAUUCUAAAGAGUGAUUUUUGUUAUUUGAGUGUUAGUUUUUUUCUACAGCUAUAUAUUCAACACUUUUCUGUUUUCAGGUUCUGGGUCCUUAGCUGCUAUGGCAACUUUUGAAGAUAGAUUUAAGCCAGACAUGAAUGUAAGAGAAACAUAUUUCCGAGGUUAUUGAUUGAACUGUUGCUUCAUAAGUUGUAGGGUAAUUUAGGAAGUAUCCAUCUGUUAUAGUGUGACUAAAUUGAAUAUGACUCCUGAAUUUCAGAGGGAAGAGGCCAUGAAACUAGUCCGUGACGCCAUUGCUGCUGGUAUCUUCAAUGAUCUUGGCUCAGGCAGCAAUGUGGAUCUUUGUGUUAUAACAAAAGAUAAAGUGGAGUACAUUCGACCCCAUGAAAUAGCCAACCAAAAGGGAGUCAAGUAAGUAGAAUACCAACGAAUUUCUUCUUCGACAAUUCACUUUGAACAUUAGUGCAUGCAUUUUCUUUUCUUAAUCAUAAGUUUGAUAUAGCAAUAUUUUCCAAUCUAAUGAUCCAUAAUCAGCAUAUUAAGUACCAUCAUAGUCUUAAAUUUCAAUGUCCAAGGUUUACUCCAGUAUUGAAUGUUUCAUUAAAAUAAUAAUAAGUAUUAUUUAAAACCCAUUAUUUUUUUUUUUCAGGCAGGGCAGUUAUCGUUACAGGCGUGGAACUACCGCUACUCUUUCUUCGGAGGUUAAAAAAAUUGAAUUGGAUGUAUUUGGUACAGAAGUCAAGCACCAGCCGAUGGAUACUCAAUAAAGUUAUUACACAGUUUCUAAACAAUGUUUAAAUGUUUCUUAUGUGCCGUCUCCUUUUAUGUCAUUAAAUAUUUGAUUCUAUUGUGUAUGCUGGCCCCAAAAAAAACAAAUAACAAAGGUUUGUUUAUCUGCCAAGAAAGAUAGUUUUGUCUGCGUGUGAGCUAUCUGGACUGCGUGGCCUGUUUGGACUUCAGAAGCCCUGGACAGAUGGCUUUCACUGCUUUGAGUUAUAAAAUAGUAUUCUGAUUAAUGAUUGGAUAAACAAUAUUUUCUCUUUUGACUUUUGAAAGAAGUUUAUAUUACAAGACAUAAUUUGGGCGUGAAAUAAAUGAGACUUUUCAAAAUUUUAUUUUUUACCAUAAUUUCAAAUCUCACUCACCGUAUUUUUUCUGAACAGUUUUCAUCGUUAUUACUUCUUGUAGUUAAGAAAAGGCCAUUUCUGUGCAUCCAUCACCUACCACUGGCUAGAAUAAACUGUUUAAAUUGUUUUGUCUGACUGAAUAUUUGUUUAUUUUAUUUACAGAAGGUUAUCAUUGCAUUGAUCAUGUCCUUGACAUUGAAAAAUUGGAAGGCAAAUAAAAAAAAAAUUCAUGAACAAUCAUAGAUUCCCAUUUGUUUGUGUAUUUAUUUAAAUUUUUUUUAGAGAAGACAUAAUUGACACAUUUCAAUAUCCCCAGCAAACAUGAUUGACACAUUACAAAAUCCCUCUCAGUAAACAUGAGACACAUUCAAUAUCCUUCUUAGCAAACAUGAUUGACACAUUCAAUAUCCUUCUUGGCAACAUGAUUGACACAUUCUAUAUCCUUUUCAGCACACAUGAUUGAAAAAUUCAACAUCCUUCUUGGCAAACAUGAUUGACACAUUCUAUAUCCUUUUCAGCACACAUGAUUGAAAAAUUCAACAUCCUUC